CCCGCCCGCGCCUGGCGGCGGCCCCGACACCGGCAGAGCAGCCGCGCAGCCGGCGGAAUGGAGCGGCGCCGGGGCUGAGCCGGGCGCACUCGGGCCGCCGCAUGUGCCGCGCGGGGAGCAGCUGCCCAGCGGCCGGAGAGCGAACGCCAGGGGCCCCGUCGGAGCGGCCGCGGGAGCAGCGCCGGAGAUGGGAGAACAGCCCAUCUUCACCACGCGCGCGCACGUCUUCCAAAUUGACCCCAGCACCAAGAAGAACUGGGUGCCUGCAAGCAAGCAGGCCGUCACCGUCUCCUACUUCUACGAUGUCACCAGGAACAGCUACCGAAUCAUCAGUGUCGAUGGAGCCAAGGUGAUCAUCAACAGCACCAUCACCCCGAACAUGACCUUCACCAAAACCUCCCAGAAGUUUGGGCAGUGGGCUGACAGCAGAGCCAACACAGUGUUCGGUUUGGGGUUCUCCUCUGAGCAGCAGCUCACGAAGUUUGCAGAGAAAUUCCAGGAGGUAAAAGAAGCUGCCAGGCUAGCCAGAGACAAGUCCCAGGAGAAAACUGAGACCUCAAGCAAUCAUUCCCAGGCAUCCAGCGUCAAUGGGACGGAUGACGAAAAGGCCUCACACGCGAGUCCAGCCGACACACACCUCAGGUCCGAGAAUGACAAGCUGAAGAUCGCUUUGACACAGAGUGCUGCCAACGUGAAGAAGUGGGAAGUGGAGCUGCAGACGCUGCGCGAGAGCAACGCCCGGCUGACCACGGCUCUGCAGGAGUCGGCGGCCAGCGUGGAGCAGUGGAAGAGGCAGUUCUCCAUCUGCCGGGACGAGAACGACAGGCUCCGCAGCAAGAUCGAGGAGCUGGAGGAGCAGUGCAGCGAGAUCAACAGGGAGAAGGAGAACAACAGCCAGCUGAAGAGGAGGAUCGAGGAGCUGCAGUCGGAACUCCAAGGAAAGGAGACGGAGUUGAAAGAUCUCCGGAAACAAAGUGAAAUCAUACCUCAGCUCAUGUCCGAAUGUGAAUAUGUCUCUGAGAAGUUGGAGGCUGCAGAAAGAGACAAUCAGAACCUGGAAGACAAAGUGCGGUCUCUCAAGAGCGACAUCGAGGAGAGCAAGUUCCGGCAGCGCCACCUGAAGGGCGAGCUGAAGAGCUUCCUGGAGGUGCUGGAUGGAAAGAUCGACGACCUCCACGACUUCCGCCGAGGCCUCUCCAAGUUGGGCUCCGACAACUAGGGCCUGCGAGCCGGGGCGGUGAGUGCGCGCGAGACGCAGCGGGCGUGGGGCGGGCUCCGCGCGCGUUGCCGAGCAGCCGCGGGUGCGCGCGCCGCCCCCUGGCCGGCUGGGCCGUCCGCCCGCUCCCCCAGACGGGAGACCUCUGCCUCCCCGGCCGCGGGAGGCUGCGCGCAAGCGGGAGCCUCUGACUCAGGAAUCCAGACCUCGGUCUACCUUAGCCGGCCAGGCAGGGUGUUUCUAUCUCUCUAAGGGCUGCCGCAACCCUGGGCGCUGGGGGGCGGGGGGGAGUGUUUUCUAAUCCAAGUACAGAGAUCCUUUACCGUGGGCCGUGGGGCGCCUUCCACCGAGCAGCGUUCGGAGCGAGCGUGCGACUCUCCCGUGGGCGCGCGGAGGGAGCGUCUCUUCCGAGCACGCGUUUCGUUGACCUUAUGAAAAUGACAUCUACAAAGUUUACACUCAAAAAGCUUGUCAAAGAAAAAAGAAAAGAAAAAAAAAGUACAACGUUUUAAGUAAAUUUACUAUUUUGUGUCGGAGCACAUUCAUAGUUAUCCUCGGCUACAGGUGGCCCUUGGGCUGUAGGUCAGACGUUACCUACUUGAAAAAAAAAAACCACUUAGUGGAGACGCAUCCAGAGGGAGGAGAAGCCAGAAGUUUUCGGGUGUGCUUACUGAUUUGUACCGUUAUAUCCCAUCUCCCCUGAUUUGUUAUGGUUGCAACGAUGUUCCUCUUUCUGUUUGUUUUCCUGUUUGUUUUUUGUUUUUAAUUUCGGAGCAGAUGCUUAUGCCGUGGGAACAGCACGCAGGGAGGGUGUCCAGCACAGUCUUGGCACAUAAUAGGUGCUUAAUAAACAUUUGUUCAAUCAAAUACAUAAACAGAAUUUAGCGUUUUAAUCAGACCCCUCCGCAGAGUUCAGGCCCUUGUAGAAUGAUGCAUCAUCUUUGCUGUGCCGAAGUAGUGGUCAGAAGUGAACGCAGUUUGCUGCAGGAGAACCCAAAGCUGGCCCUGAGGCACGGACGAUGGAAAUGGACACAGCAUAGACUCCCCAGAGGCCCUCCUGCAGGGAGCCCAGCCCCGAUCCCAAUAGAGCUCACUGCCUUCGGGACAUGCUUCUCUUCUCAGCAGAGGGCCUGUAGUCUGAGACCUCCGGGAUACCGAGAGGACCCGGAAUAGGAGCUGCCCUAGCUCAGAAGCUAGGCUGGGCUCCCAUAAUGGAUCUGAACAACUGAGGAGCUAUACUACAAGCCACAAGGGCGAGAGCUCCUCGGGUGGCAGCCCUUGGCCUCAGUGACAGAGAAGCUCUGCCCAGGUCCGCCUUUCCUUCCGCAGUUCCUGCUGAGGAAGGGCCUGCAGCCACAAGGCUCUCUGCUCAUGGAGGACUUAGCGGAGUCGCUGGGCAUUCAGGUCCACAGGCGUCUUUUCUCAGGAGAGGCUGCCCAAGGGAGACAAAAUGUGUCCAGUCCAGACCCCCAGCACUUCUAAAGUCCUUGGGCAAGGGAAACAUUGGCGUUCCCUACCCCUCUGCGAACCCUCUAGAGCCAGGCAUGGUGGCACAUGCCUGUAAUCCCAGCAGAGGAUUACAGGGAGACAGAAGCAGGCGGAUCUCGGUGAGUUUGAGGCCAGCCUGGCCCACAAAGGGAGUCCAGGACAGCCAAGGCUACACAGAGAAACCCUGUCUUGAAAAACCAAAAAGAAAGAAAGAAAGAAAGAAAGAAAGAAAGAAAGAAAGAAAGAAAGAAAGAAAGAAAAUAAACAGAAAAGGAAACAGAACACCAAAAGAACCUUCUGGAUAUGUGUUCACGUGGGAUUACAAAUUCUCCCUCCUGACUUCACAUAAACGAGAAAGCAGCCUGAGGAAGGAGCUGGGGCCUGGCAUGUUCAAGACCCAGGCCCUGUAGUCAUGUCCAAAGCCUCAUCUUUCUUUGCAGUAGCUGAGCAGUCACUCUUGCGAUAAGAAAGGAAGGAAGCAUGGCAUUGUGGCAUGGUGAGCUCUGUUAGGGAAGACCUGUCAAGUUGAGGUGUGGUAACUCAGCCCAGUGGUGCUGCUGCUCCUGCCUUUCCCACCGCUCCAAUAGCUCUCAAGUCAGCAGCAGCUCCUAACGACAAGAGAACAAAGGCUGGGUGGGCUGUGGCCCCACAGGGGGUAAGGGGACUCUUCCUACGCCAUCCUGGGCCCUUUGUCUGUCAACAGGCUCCCAAGAGCUCUGGACACUGGUAUCCUCAGCUCCCUCUCCAGAUGGCCUCUGUCUGCAGAUGGCAUCAUAUAGAAAGAGCUCUCUUGGCUGGCUAGAGUGUGAACUAGUGGCAUGGACUUCCAGAAGUGCUGAGAUUGGAAGUGCAGAAAGUUCUGGAAGUCAUUACCAUGGUGGGCUCGCUGUUAGGUCGAGGCCCACGUUCCCCGUUGUUAGCCACUGAAGAGUUUGGCAAGCUUCUCGUAGCCAGUAGAUGGGGGAAAUAGACUUUUUAUGCUGUUAGAGGUUGGAGCUGUCCCCAACCUCCACAGCCCUGAGCCUAUGAGCCAAGGGACGCCCCCGGAGGGUGAUUUAGGCUCCAGAGUGAAAGCAUGAAACGUUAGCAUGGAGCUUCUGUUGCAUCUGCUUUCCCUAAAGACCUCAUGACUCUUCAUUUGCUUUCUUUUUAAGAGCAACCAUGGCCCAGGAAUAGCCUGGAUAGUCAGUCAGUCAGUCAACAAGAGGCUAUCUCUGUCUGUAGCUUCUAGCACUGCAAAAGAUGGACCCUGUAACAGAGUGAAUGGCCCACCGAAAUUGUUUCAGUAUGCACCCAUACCGGUGUGACAUACCUUCAUUCGUUAUGACGCCCAGCACAGUCUUGGGACUGCUGUCAGGACUUCAAACCCUGUGCGGGCGUUUGUGGGCAGUUUCUGCCCGGCAGUUAUGGCCACAGCGUGCUAUCUGCAGAGGCAGGUGUCCGGGGAGCUCUCCCGACCUUGGCCUCUCCGGAAGGAGCUGUCUGCACCUUGCUUAGCUUGCUUCCCGCACGCCAUCCACAAGGGGCACAGUAGAGAUGUCACCUUAGACCUUAACUGGAUAAGAGAAGUUGGCAGAGAUUAUCAAAGGCAGCAGAGGCAGUGGCAUGCCCAGGGCUGCCCAGCUGUGACCAGCGGCAUGGGCUCUUGGGCCUCCUGGACUUGGGACAUGCUAUUGUUCUCCCCUCGGGGUCCCUUAGAUGAUGAGAAGUAAGCACUCUUGUGCCCUGUUAAAAACGUUACGCUGUAACAUUUCACUGUGUGCCCACAAAAAAGAACAGCUAGUGGAGUCUGCCUGUGUUCACCCUCCAUAGCAAGGCUCGUUCUUUUCCGCUUCAGAUCAUCUCCGUGCUCAGAGAGGCCAUUUCUGCGGGACGCAGGCUAGCUUUGAGUUCUUUCCCGAUGGCUUUAACGGAGGCACAGUCAUCUUUUUAAAGAGAGGGAAGGCCUUUGGCGGCAGAGACAUAAACAGUGUUCUGGCCCAGAGACGGCCGGUCCGGAUGAGCCGUGGCUGGGCAGGUGCUGGCUGAUCAGUGCUAAGAGCAGGGGGCGUGCCUGGCAGGCUGUCCUCGGGGCGAGCUGCCCUCCAGCCACAGCCGACAGCAGUGUGAUGGGCAGUACGCGCUCUGCAUUUGGUGCCAGGCACCUAAUAAACUGCGGCGUGUGCUCCACUUCACAUGCGUUCCCAAAGCACCACGGCCAAGCCCAGUGUUCGGGGGACUCUCUCUAUAGACAGGACAGCAGGGGCAAACUUUGAACAGGACCCAUCUUUGGCCGCACGUGCAGCCCGGUGCGUGCCUGGAAGCAGGGCAGCCUGCUAGGAGCCCCAGGGGGGCUGCCCUUCAGGGCGCUGAAAGUGGGUCGCCGGAAGUUACGGUCCUUUGAUUCGGGGGAACGUCCCUGGGUUUUGAAGCCCUGGCAACACCAACCAGAAGUUGAUUUGUUGUUUUCAAAUCAACAUCCGUACCUGUUCUGAAUGCUAGGCGUGAUUUAGAUAGACCACGACUUCGGAGGACAUGGCUUCCCCCAAAGGAGUAGAGUCCAUUCUUGGGACAGGGCUGUGACGGCAUGGGGGCGGAGUCCCGAACAGAAGCAUGAGUGACUUACAUGUCUUUCCUUAGGCCUUUCUAAAGAAUAUCAAUCCCUCUUUAAAAGCAAGCCUGGCGAAGAAGGUGACUUUGGUAGGAGCUUUGAGCUUUGAGCAACAUUCACGUGUGUGCGUGUGCUUGAGUGUGCUGGAAAGGAAGCAUCAGGGAGAGCCAGAGGAACGAUUAGGAAGAGUCCAGCCACAGCUGCCUAUGCGGGAGGAGGCUGAGUGGCCCUGGGAGUGAGGCUGAGGGUUCUGGAUUCCGCCUCUGUGGGGCUCCGGGCUUGUGUGAAAUUGCAUGGUGCCCCACUCUUGCUGCCGAGCGGCCUUGGGGCCCCGUGGCCCCGUGAAGAAGCGCAGGUGAACCACAGCGGAGUCCGAGCAUGCCGGCUUUGUCGGGAGACGUGGGGAUGUGCUGCGUCUCCGCCCUCCUGUACCGCUCCUGCUAGGAAGGCCUGGCUCUCAGGUCAUUGUGUGCUGUCCCCUGAUGUGACAGCAGGGAGACGCCACUUACAUCUUCCUAAGAGCUAAAUGCUAAGUAUGGGUUGGAUAAGCAAAGUAUUUCACAAGUACCAUUUGUUUCUUUUUAAAUGCUUUUUUGGAACAUAAGUAAUAGAUACUUUUUAAAGAAAAAAAAAAGAAACUAAAGAUAAAAGGAACAAAAAAAAAAAUUCACCCUUUGUUCCACCGUCUGACUGUAACCACUGUUAACAGCGUGGCCCUCCAGCUCCCCACACAGCCGCUCUUGUUCCUUCUCCAUGAAAUAGCCUCCUGUCCUGCACACUCUUCCAGUGACUGUCUUCUCCCCUUCAGCAAACACGCGGCUACCACUUCUUUAACAGCCGGGAAGGUCAGACCUUGGCUAUCUAAGCCGGUCCUCGUUUUCUGCCCUUGUAGUCAGGACAGGGUAGAACUGUUCUACAUCUUUGUAAACUGUUCAGAAUAUUUGCUUAGAAUAAGCUUCUGGCACUAGACUUUCCCGAUUUCCGCACCCUGGCGCCUCUCCUUCAGCUCCGUCAGCACCUUUUGUGGUGGUUACUCGGGGCCCUGGGGGUAGUUCUGGCCAACGAGCUGUGAGCAGAAGUAGCGUGAACCGUAGCCAGGACGGUAGGCUGCCCCGCGCUCUCGACUCCAGUGUCUCUGACCCUUUGCCUGAGCGAACCGUGACAUCCUGGGAGAGCGUCACCCAGUCUGGGAUCUUGAGUGACUGGAUGGGACCGCUCCUUUGACCCUACCCCACCCGCCACUGACACGGGCAAGGAGCAGGGAUAGGGGCAGACCCUGCAGGUUUUCCCGCUGGGACUUCAGGGCGGGCGUCUUCCUACAGCACGCGCGGCUCUCUUUUAACCAUGAAGAAGAAGGGCAUGCACGCUUUUAGGGUUCCAAACACAUCACUUCAACUCGCCUUUCAGGAAUGAUGCCCCCAGCCAUACCUCCGCUGGCAGCGAGCGUGAGUGCCCCGCCCCUCUGCCGGGCUGCUGUUGUCAUGGAGGCAGGAGCUAACAAAAUCACACUUUCAGUUAAAAUGUGAUCUUCAUUAGCAAACGAGAGCCACCUGCCUCUGCCACGUGGCUUCCGGCCUGCUUUCUAUGUCCUUUGUGUUUUCAUUCAUUCUUCUUCCUCCUCCUCUUCCUCCUCCUCCUCCUCCUCUUCCUCUUCCUCUUCUUCUUCAUUAUCAUCUUUCUUCUUCUGCUUCUUCUUCAUGUAUAGCUGCACCACUUGGGUGCCUGGUGUCCAAGGAAGGCCAGAUGAGGGCAUCAGAUCCCCUGAAACUGGAGUUACCGGAGGUCGUGAGCAGCGGUGUGGGUGCUGGGCGUCGAACCCGGUCCUCUGAAAGAGUAGCUAGUGCUCUUGACUACUGAGCCAUCUCUCUAGCCCCCAACCCCCUUUAUUUAUUUAUCUGUCUAUUUAUUUAUCUUUGAAACAAGGUCUCAACCGUGUAACCGUAGCCAGCCUGCAGCUCUCUGUAGACCACUCUGGCCUUAAAUUUGUGGCAAUCCUUCUGCCCCAGCCUUCUAAGUGCUGCAAUUACAGGCUUGCUCCACCACACACAGUAGGCUCACUGAUUUCAAAGUUCUUUUCACAAGUAUUAUAAAAAUUAAAGUUGUAUCAUGGCUUUUAAGGAAAAAUGCUUAUACGUUGAAAAGAAACCUUUUUAGUCAAAUCUGCCCUUUCCUUUAUAGUUAGGCCUCUGCUGUCGUGAUUGUGAAAGUUUUUCUGAUUCUAGUAUAUUCAGCACCUUCCGGCAUAUUAUAUUUAUCAGUGUGUUAUUUUGUAUAUUCAUUGUCUUUUUCAGCUGUUGAACCUCUGACCUAUGCCAGGUGUUGUGGUGGCACAUUCUUGUAAUCCCAGUAGUGGAAGGUAGAGGCACGAGACCAGCUGCAUAGCAAGUUUAAGAACCAGGCAGGCAGAUCUCUGUGAGUUCGAGGCCAACUUGGUCUACAUAGUAAGUCCCAGGCCGGCCAUGGUUGCGAAGUAAGACCCUGUCUUCAAGACAGAAUAAAACAACAAAAGAAAAACUACCUUUCUAUUUUAUUCCUAAUGCAUUUCUAAAUUGCACCAACACUUUUUUUGGGUGUAAGAAUGCUGGACUGAGUUAUCUGCCUGUACCGUUUGGUAACCCUAACUUUAGGUUUAAAUCCCCACUAAGAUUUUUUAUUAUUAUUAUUUCCUAGUCUGUUUUGCAUACUAAUAUUAACAAAAGAAAUUCAGGGACCACUUUAUAAAUUUUGGAGUCAUUAUUUAUUGGAUUAUAUAAUAUUUCUGUAUCAUAAAAGUAGCAUCUUUAUAACCUCUUUCGUUUCACUAAAUUUAUAAUGUUCGGUUUUGUGUCCCCCAGUCUGUUUUUUAUUUCUCAUAAGGGUAAUUUUUUUCAUUGCGGUUACUGUUGAAAAUGAGAUCUUUCCCAGCAGUUUACUGUUUCAUAGGUGUAGCACUGCUUCGUUAAUGAAAAUCUUUCCCCUUAGUUUUCUAAUUGAGGACAUCAAAUAAAAGUUAUGUAAACUUAGACAUAAAAAAAACUGUAGAAAAUGAAAAUCUCCUAUAACUGAAAUUCCCUCUGACCCAAGAUACUCGAUGAUUGUGUAACACACACACACAGUUUUACCAUUUUGACAGUUUGAUACAGCCCUUCUGCUACUUGCAUUCUUUCCUUGGCAGAAGAUCUUGGCCAUCAGGAAGCAUCGAUUUGAUCUACCUCAUUUUUAUCUGCGUAGAAGAGUGUGUGUCGGCAACGAGUUCAUUUCAUGUGUCUUCAGCCGCUCACUGAUUCCUUUUACUCUCAUACUUUGACUCGUAACUUCAUUUGCCGUCCAUGUAGGUGUUAGUUUUGAUUAGUGAUGAUUUGAUGUCCAAAUUUUUCACUUUCUUGCCCUCCCACAUUGACCGGCACCCCUAUGACAGUGACAGCUUUGUCUGUGAUUAGGCUGGUCUUGGACAUGCUUCUUCACAUACCUACCCCUUGGCGAGGACGUUUUUAGUCUCUUUCCAGAAGUAUUUGUGUCUCUAGUUUGCUGGCAAUUUUACAAGUAAGGGAUAUUGGGAUUUUAGGAAAUGAAUUUUUAACAUGUCAAGCUGUUCAAAUGAUUUUUCUCUAUCAUGACUAUCACGUAGCAGGUCUGCUAAUAUUAAUUAAGCCCUCCCCUCCGUUUCUCCAAAACCCUGAUAGAGUCACAGGAUGGUUCUUUUCAUGUACAUCUCCUUUCCAAGUUAACAGUGGUUACUCAUGAUUGGUUGGUCUUUGGUAAAUUUUUGCUUUGUCUUAUUUGUGCUUUCAGAUUUUUCUACAAAAGUUGCCUAUUACUUGUAUAAUAAAAUUAAGAGCUUUACAAUGAGAAAAUACUUUUCUUGAUUUUAUUGGUUCCUUUUAUUUUGGAAUUUCAUAUAUUAUUAAUAAGAUGAGUAAAUUGUGAUUUUUCUGCUGUCUUUGCCAGGUGUUUUUAUGUGAACUUCCUUUAAAAUAUAUCUUGGGCCACUUUCUAUAUCUUUUUCUAUGCCCUGGAGUAUAUAAUUCAAAUAAUAUUUAGAACACCUUGAUCUUUGAAGUUUUUAUAACAUGUAUAAAACUGUCCAAGUCUAGUGCCUUUUAAACAAAUAAUCCUUUGAUAAUUUUAAAACUUUUUCCAUGCUCAUUGGUCUCCUCACAAUUUCUUCUUAUUCUGUAAUAUUUUUGACAAGCUAAAUUUUUCCUAAAUAGCUGUCUUUAAGAUUUUGGGGAUCUGUUGGAAUGGAAUUAUAUUAUUUUUCCCUUACUGUUGUGUCUAUGCUUCGACUUUUAUUAUGGUUAGUUUUCCAAUAAUUAGUCAAAUUUUAGUCAUCUUUGGAAUUUAUGUGUAAAUUCCAAAGUUUUAUUAUUUUGUAGUUGUUUUUCCUUGGUAAUUUUUUUUCACUUUUUCAAGUUAAAGGCCAUCUUGACUUCUUACAAUGAAAGGCACAGUAAAUCAUGUUGUAGGCCUGUGGCCUUUCCUCUGGACACAUUUGUAUCCCAUGAAUGUUAAUAUAUGAUAUGAUUGUUAUAAAUUAUCAUUUCAUAUUGGUGUUUAUCUUUUACUGAGGAGUUAUUUCAAAUUGUACUUGGAGAUUUCCAGAUCAUUUGAUAUUUGUUGCUGUUGCUUUUAACAUUUCUUAUAAACCUCUGCUUUAUUACCUUGUUGUCAAAGAGGGUACGGCCUGUACAAUUUGUGCAUUUUGGAGUUCAUUAACAUUUUGUUGAGACCUAAUAAAUUUUUAGUUUUAAUAAGCAACCUGGGAAGUGGGAGAAGGUAUGUUCUCUGCAAGCAACCAUGUUUGAUGUGUGUGUACUAAUUUCAUCUUCCUAAGCAUACUGGUGUGGACCUUUCCGUUUUAUUUCCUUGGUUUAUUAAAGACUAAGAAAGACUGCUUCUCACUA